CAGGCAUGCUCCAGUUCGAGCAUACAAUGUAGUCUCUUCGAAUUGUAGAGCACCCAUACAGCUAAAAACCCGCUGGUCAUAUGAGGAGCGAGCAGAUGUGAGAGUCGUCCCCCAUAUUGUGCCGUCUGUACUUGUUCAGUUCCUGCGCCCUGUUUCUUUCGGCCAACUUUUGGUCUGACCAGUACUGCAAAGCACACAAACAAAUCAUAGCAGUUAAACUGAAUGAAAUCUCCUAAACCUGUGGUUCCAACCAAGGUCUUAGAUAAUAUUUCCACAAACAAGUCUCAGGUUGCGACAUCUACAUCUACGAUGAACACGAUUCCCAAGUUAUGGCUCUGGUGCAGAGACUGUUCCAUGGAGGCGGUUGAAUCCUGCGCCGACGAUGCGCACUCCUUGUGCUCGCUGCGGACAUUACGGGCAGAGCAGGCGGCUCCAAAGUUUCUGCAGUUACGGGAUGCGAAAGAUUUUGCCAACGGCGUGUUGAAGGCGCUGAGGGAAUCGAAAGACAUACUCCAGAACCAAAUAGACGAGUGGGAAGCAAAGCUGGAAGUCAUGGCAAAGGGUGAGUGUGAGCUCCAGGCCGCAGUGGACAAGUGUGAGGACCCGGCGACGGUCCCGCUGGAGGGUCUGCAGCACGUUGAAGAAGUCGCCAGGAUGCUGACAGCCCGUUGGUGCGAAAUCCAGCUUGUGAUGAAGAAUGAUGCAACUGAAUGGAGGUGGCCUAUUUCGAGCGCCGAAGUCCGCCUGCUUACUAUGAUCGUGCUGCAGCUUCGCCAGAACGGGAACGCCUUCGAGGUUCACCUUCCUGAUAGUGGUCCGCUUCAGGAAGUUUCCAGCCGCGCAACAGCUGUCAGUCCAGGAUUCCACGUCCGUCAGUCAGCUGCCGUACCAGAUAGUGUGAAUCAAGUUCUGCUUGAUUGGUAAUCUCUUUCCCUGCGCAGGAUAUUUUUAUUAAGGUCGAUAAGAAUGAAUCGAAUUAAGUUUCUACAACAAAUUGUCUUGCCUCACUGUUUGCAUCGGUUCCAAGCUCUCUUGUGGUUGCUGUUUUAUCUGCUAGCCUAUCUGAAUUCCUGUAACACUAAACAGUAUUAAAGUGG